AUGACGCCGGCGAUAGCUGGCCUGGUCAUGGUGAUUGCCUGUUCUUGGACUUUAGGGCUGUGGACUGUGUCCGGCUUGACGACCAUCACUCACUUGCCGGGAUUCGACGGUCGCCUCCCCUUCGAACUGGAAACAGGGUAAGCCGCCAUUCUUCUACUCCUCGUUCGCCCUCUCGUUCUUCCUGCGCCUUCGCGGCGAUGUCUUGAGGAGAAAGAGAUCUCGGACGCUAGGUACAUCGCGGUGGACGAGUUGGAGGAGGUGAACCUGUUCUAUUACUUUGUCAAGUCGGAGAGAAGCCCGGCAGAGGAUCCCCUACUGUUGUGGCUUAACGGCGGCCCCGGCUGCUCAGGGUUGAACGUGUUAGCGUAUGAAAUCGGUAAGGUGGUAUAUUUGCGAAGAAUUCGAGCCUUCACAGGACCUGGGUUCGUUAUUCCUGGGUUCCUAUUUCACCACUCAUCGUUAUUUUGAAUGGUUGACUGAAAAGGGAUGUUUAGGAUCUUCUACUGGGAACAGUGCGCCAAGGUGGUAAGUCUCGGAUGGUCGAUUGAUUUCGGGGCCUCAGGCCAACCCAACACGUUUCAUCGGAGGACCUUUAUGCAUUGGACAACAAUUUUGGCGUGCAGCCAUAGACAGGUUUACAAGAGAUUAUGAGCGAUUUUGCUGACCUCUGUCGCUGUGCAGGCCCUUUCACCUUUGAUAUCAAGAGUUACGAGAGCAGACGGUUGCCCAAUUUGAUCUACCGAGAGGAGUCUUGGACGAGGGUACAAGUCAGCUCUUCUCGGUCUCCCUCUGUCCGUCACUCUCUAUCGUGACCUGUUCUUAUGACUUUUUCUCGAUAGAUCAGCAGUAUAAUCUUUGUGGAUUCGCCUGUGGGCGUCGGAUUCUCGUACUCCAAGGCCGCCGAGGAAAAUGAAUGGUCGGACACCAAAACAUCAAGGCAUCUUGGCGCAUUCAUUAAGAAGGUGAUACCAUAUGUUCGCGGAAUCACAACACCAGACGGCGAUUUCUAUCUUUCCGCAUUUUUGACUCACCUUCAGUCGAACAUCCGGUGGUGUAGUGGCUCGUGGAUCACCCGGAGUUCAUCUCGAAUCCCUUCUAUAUUGCCGGCCAGUCACAAGGUGGGAAAUUAGCACCCAUCGUCGCACGGGAAGUAAUAAAUGGUAAUGGAGUUUUCAUUUGUUUAUUUCUUGGUUUGGGUCUCGAAAUCAUUUUCAAAGAGGAAGAUGAGCGGGGUUCGAGGGGGGUCAGCUUCUUCUGUGCCGCUCCUGUGGGAUGAUAAGGGGUGCUGCUCGAAAGCGCGGCCUGUUUGGGGUGCCUUGUACACGUCCCUCGGUCAUCGCAUGCGGCCACUCCUUUCUGCUUAUGGGGUUCCCUUUUUGUUUUCUCCAAUUCGUGAUCGAAAAACUCUUGCGCUUUCCGCCGAGGUGCUUUUCUCGGAAGUCAUUCAGGUUGAAUCAUGUUUCAGGAAUCGAGGCAGGGUCAAAGCCCCUCGUCAAUCUCAAGGUGGGCCGGCCGACGAACAAAAGCCAAAUUUUCUAAAAUAAGCACCCAACAUGUUUUUCUCAUGACAUUUGUGGUGCGAGAUUUACAGGGCUAUUUAGUUGGAAACCCGGCGACGGGUGAGAGACGUUAUGAUAGGGGGUCGAGGAUUCCACAUUCCCAUGGGAUGGGACUUAUUUCCGACGAGCUGUACGAGGUGAAUCAUUCUGAUCCAAUAUGUGGUUUAUAUCUUAUCUUUGUUUUCGUUUGAGAGAAUGGAUGAUUGAAAUAAUUGGCACAUAUUUAGAGUUGUGCAUGGUCGGACUGAGCCUGUCACUUGGCAAGGCCAGCCUGAGCCCAGAUUCCGAGGAAAACUCGGACAAUGACCUCCUUUCUGGACCCCUCCUGGACACUUUACCUAAACGAGGAGUAGGCUGGUUUGACCUAUUUUUCCAUCUAAACAUAGCUUCCAGUGGUUGAGGUUGAGACGAGCUUCCUUAAUUCUGGUUGAAUGUCUAAAUUUCCUUCACUAUACCUACACUUUCGAGAAUCACGGGGAUCAUAAAAACAAAAACCUAUUCUUAUUGAUUCGCACUUUUGGUAAAUUUACAGGCGACAAAGGCAAGUUGUAGCGGGGAUUAUGUUAUGCCUCGCAGUGUUCAAUGCUCCGAGUGUCUUGAGGCCGUAGAAGAGGUGUGUUUCCCUUUGACUGUGUACGGUGAUCGACUUCGUUCCAGUCGCUCUUACUGGGGUUUUAUUUUAUACUCAGAACCUCAAAGGCCUUAAUCAGAAAUAUAUCUUGGAGCCUAAUUGUGACUCAGCAUCUCCAAAGCCUAAACAGUCUGCCCCAGUGGAAAGAAGUCUCAGUGAACUUGAGAGAGCUCACCCUUUUUCCCUGCAGAUCCCAAGCAAACGAUGCCGCGUAAGCUCUCUCUUUGUGAUUGUUGGUCUAUCUCCUUCCUGUGUCUUGCAUGGAUGAACCUGGUCUGUGACACAUGGAUUUGUUCCACAGUCCUAUGGCUAUAUGUUGGCCAAAUCAUGGGCGAACAGCGAUGAAGUGCGAGAAGCGCUUGGAGUCCGUAAGGUAAGUACUCUCACUGUAGGAGGUGCAGCGACCUAACCCAUCAUCCAAGCUUGAUGGUUGCAAGGUGCACAGCAGGGAUGGACUGGAGACUGGAAUAGAUGCCGAGAAGAUAUAAAGGAGAAGUACAUGAAUGAUAUUCCCAGCUCAGUUUCGUAUCAUCUCAACAAUACCUGUGGAGGCCUACGAGCUUUGGUGUACAUGUGAGAAUUCUGUCUUCUGAAGGCGUAAUUAUUUCCAAAUUGGAUACACGCACGAGAAAACAUAUACUUCGCUUCUAGGUUUCAUGCACCUUACGAAAUGACGUUGAUUUUAGUCCUGUCAUUUUCCUCAAAGCAGUGGCGACCACGAUCUGCUUGCCAACACUGUAGGGACGCAAGCAUGGCUCAGAUCUCUCAAUUAUUCCAUCAUCUACGGGUGGCGGCCUUGGUGGAUCAAUGACCAAGUUGCCGGGUCUUUACCUAAACCGAUGACCUCCAUUGGUUUCUUUCUCAACGUGAUCUUUUUGGGCUAAACAGUGGCCAUUUUUGGGUGAAUGAUUUCAGAUACACGGAGACUUACACCAACAACUUGACAUUCGCGACGGUCAAGGUCAGCAUCCAUUUCUAGUAGCACAGUUACUUGUGUGAAGAAGGAUAGAUGCUUUCAACUGGUUUGCAUGGUUGUCUUUGCCCCCCCCUUUCCCUUUCGCGUGUUAAACUCUCUGUACCUUUUUCAGGGUGCAGGUCACGAAGCUCCAGAGUACAAGCCCAAGGAAUGUCGGGGUAUGUUUGAGCGAUGGAUUUCAGGGCAGGGUUUGUGA